CAGGCUCUUCAUAUCACGCUACACAGAGAGGAAACUUCACUCUUCAGGGUGCUGUGCAGUCGCUGCAGGCGUGGAAGAACGUUGUUCGUUGUCCUGGGGUUGAUGGUAAUGGCUGUUAGCCAGUUUCCCAGUGAGGGCCUCAGCCUCCUGUCCACUGCACACCAGGCAGAAAGCCCCAAGGAGGAAGAGAGCCAGAGUUCGCUGCACUGCAGGGUGCGUCUGGCUGGUCCUGCUCCGUGUGAAAAUGGGAAGAAAUGUUACAGAGGAUCAACCGUGAACAAGUACAACGCUCAGUACCACAAGCUGUUCCAGUGUCUCCCCACAGAGGAGGUGUUGAUGAAAGUGUAUUCUUGCGCUCUGCUUCGGGAUAUACUUCUACAAGGUCGGCUCUACAUCUCCAAGAACUGGCUCUGUUUCCACGCCAACCUCUUUGGGAAAGACAUCAAGGUUGCCAUCCCGGUGAUGUCGGUCCUGCUGGUAAAAAAGCACAAAACAGCAGGCCUGGUCCCCAACGGACUCGCUAUAACCACUGAAUCCAGUCAAAAGUACUUGUUUGUGUCUCUGCUGUCCAGGGAUAGUGUUUACGAUGUGUUGAGACGGGUCUGCACACAUUUACAGGUCAAUGGGAAAAAGAUUUUGAGCAUUAAGCAGUACACAGAGGAGCCAAGCGACAUAUCCCUGCUCCUUCCGCACAACGAGUUCCCCCCGCCAGACGAGUUCCCUCCUGUUCUGAAAUGGAGGCGGAAACCCUCAACAGCCUCCAUCACCUCCUCUCUGCCCGACAUCCUGGGCAACUCCACCAGCAGCCUCAGCGCUGUGGACGCCUCCUUCCAGAGCGACAGCACCAUGCAAGAAAGAAGCCUGGAGACAGAGAAGACUGUGAUGGUGGAGCCUGUACCUGAACUGGGACACAUGGAGUAUCAGCUGCUCAAAUUCUUCAUUGUGCUAAUUGUUCUCCUGAUCUGCUCUUCCUGUUACCUGGCGUUCAGAGUUUCCAGUCUGGAGCAUCAGCUCUCCUUUUUAAAUACAAAUCCUCUCCUGCCAGCCAAUGAGAGGUAACCGGUCCUGCACAUCCACCUAUCCAACUCCUGAAGAUCGGAUGGUACACACCUUCCCAAGACAUUCCUGUCUGUUACAGCCAGAAUGCUAGAAAAGGAAACGCUAUAAUAAACACAGCUGUUAAAAGCCUCUGCUAGGUUGUAGUGGAUCACAGUCAACAAAAAGCAAUCUCAUAGCCAAAUCUAACUGGAUGCCUGUUUUAUUAGGUUGGAAAAGGGCCAGAGCUCAUGAGGGCACAGGGCUUGAAAUCCAGCUCACCUACUGAAUACGUUGAAGUUUACUCUACUGGACAAUCUACAGGAAAAUUAAUUGCUGGCCAGGAUUUUAGACCACUUGAAGCUGUUGCUGAAUCCUCUUCUGUGGCAAUAUAGCCUGUCUAAUAUACUGCUAUUCAGUCUAAUUCAUGCAACCGCAAAGGAGGUAUUCCUCAUUCAUUUUCCAUGCAGUGUGUCCUUCUUGCUUCUCCUUCCUCUACACACAUGAUUCAGCUUUCUUAGUCCAAGACACACUGUCUGAUGCACUUUGACAGUGGGCUCCAUGAACAUCUCUGCCAGGUUGAUUACAUUAUCCUCCAUCAUACACUUGAACACUCCACAUUCUUCAGCCUUGGUUCGCCAAUACUUGAAAGUCAGAAGGCAAAUUGAAAUCCUGUCCAUGGCAGAAAAAGAUGCGUGGAAUGGGAUUGUGACUGACGCUAUACUGUUCUAAACAGUAUCUGACUGAUAAAGCACAUUUAAGAAGACUGAAGAGAGCAAUUUUCAGACAUUACCUGGGAUGCUGACUGCAGUGGCACUUUUUUUAAAGAUACAUCCAUUCAUAUGCAUGUUUGCAUUGAUUGAUUAACCGUAUGGAAUAAUAGCAGUGGGAUAACAUGAUAGCACCAGUGCAUUACCCUGAAGAAACUAGCUGAACCAUUUUACCAACAACAGCAUUACUAGCAAUGGCAACACAAUGGAGCACACAUUGCACAGUGCUCCUGCUGGGCAAGCGCACCAUUGGGAUACCACUGCUCUGUCAAAACAUGUGAGUGUUACCUCUGAACUACCAAUGAACCAUGCCUCAGACCAGCUGCCCACUGGCAUUGCACUAUUGUACACUUAGGACAGAACCAUUGCAUUGCCAUCGUGGUGCAACUGCAAAGAUUUUAUUUAAAGAACUAAUAUGGUAGACAAAUUUGGAAUUGCAGACUUACUUGAAAUAAAUGUCGUUUAAAUGUCUGAAAAUUAAUGUCUGUUUCAUUUUAAAGCUCCUGUUACUUAUAAGUAAGGCUGUAUUUUUUUUUUCACGGAUGUAACGAUUUCCA